AUGUCGACGAAAGAAUACGGAAUUGCUCCUUUGUUAAAUAUGCGGAUGACCUACAAAUAUACGCUCAUUGCGCACCAACAGCAAUUAAUGACUGCGUUGCGAAAGUACAACAACGCCCUCGAGUUUGGUAAUAUUGACAGUGUAAUUGCUGACGGUUGCGCGAUCCCGUUCACGAACUUGGUCAAGAGCUUGGGUAUUUUUGUAUCCCCGUCACUUGACUGGUACGAGCAGAUUACCAACAUUUGCAAUAGGGCAUACAAAACACUGUAUCAACUAAAGAUAAGAACUGGGAAAAAUCAACCAAUGCUACAAAAAACGAAAUUAGGCUGGAUAAUCGGUGGUCCAUACACAACUGAAAAUCAACAGGAUACCAUACGAGAGUUCUGUGGAUUUUCUGAAACGAGAAACCUUCAAGACCAGCUCCAACGCUUCUGGAAGAUCGAAGAACUGCAAACAACUCAAGCUUUGUCACAAGAAGAAUGGUCUUGUGAAAGACACUUUGUACAAACACAUAAAAGACUUCCGUCAGGAAGAUUUGAGGUUCGACUUCCCUGUCGAAAUGAUCCUAGUAAACUCGGCGAAUCGUACGCGUUCAUGUGCGAAUACGAGAACUUGGAGCACAUGAGCAUUGUCAAGGAGGAUAGUGACUUCAAGACAAAAAACUACUUGCCUCAUCACGCAGUGAUGGACGAAGAGAAGGAAACAACGAAACUUCGAGUAGUUUUUGAGGCAUCAAGUAGUACUACAUCAGGAAAAUCAUUAAACGACAUUUUGAUAGUUGGACCUGUCAUUCAAAGAGAACUGAUGGACAUAGUCACACGUUUCCGCCAACACGAAUACUUACUGAUUGCAGACAUCACUAAGAUGUACCGACAAGUUUCAGUUAAUCCCGAAGAUAGAGAUCUUCAGAGAAUAUUCUGGAGGAACGACGUUAACGCUCCACCCACUAAACGAAAAUUGCGAGCUUCAUCUUUCCCGCCGAUUGGAGACUGCAAUAUUGCAAGGCCUCCUAAAGCAGGAUACUGCCUUAACACACUCACGUACAGUACAGGACCAGCAUCAUUCCUCGCAACGAGAUGUCUUGCACAAUUAGCUAUCGAAAACGCAGCAAAAUUUCCUGAAGCCAGUAAAAUUAUUAAAGAAGACUUUUACAUGGAUGAUCUUAUAACGGGAGGAUCUUCGGUCACAGAACUUUGUCGACACAGGGAGGAAAUCAAAGAAAUUCUAGAAUCAGCUUCGUUUCCUUGA